AGUAUCAUGGCGACCAGGAACCUGGAACUUCCCUCCCUAAGAAUAUGAAAGCAAUGAUGAGUCUUACAAAGUGUUGGAUUUAACUGAAUAUGCAAGAAGAAUGGAAUUGAAUGUUUGGCCACAGCUCCAGACCUAUUGUAGAAAAACACUCAGUGCCAUCCAGAUUGCAAAGGGUGGAGUGACUGGCCAAUGUGCAGGAGUUUUGUUCUGGAAAGAGGAAAACUGCAGUAAGUGGUGGAUUUCUUCCUCUUCAGACUGCCAGUCACAGUGGCUGUGUGCAGACCGGAAGAGAGUUGAAAAAGAUGUAAACAAAACAGAAAAGAUUAAGAAAGGAGCAAAUAAGGCAGCACCUGAAACCCACAAUACAAGUGAAGCAGCAACAGAGUUUAUCAAACAGAACAUUGUGAUAUCUGGUGGAUUUGUGGGAGGCCUUGCCUCUUCAGGAUAUGAAUAUUGUGUCAUAGUGGAGUUGCCCUUAAGAAGAGAAAUGGUGUCAACAAGGUGAUUUCUCAA